GCUAUAUUUAUUUUAAAAACCACGGUAGAAAAUAAAUUGAGGAUUUUGGAUACAAACACUUCAAUUCAAAAUGCCUCUUCCUGAAAUCGAGGAAAUUAUUCGGAAAUUUAAAGUACAAGAGGAGAAAGUGGAAAUAAUUUUGACGCAGAAGUCAAGCAAGGAUGAAAAAUUCAAAGUGAAUUUGGUAACUGAUGAAUCAUUUAGCAUAACCGACGUAAAGAGGAGAAACAAGGCCUUAUUGAAUGAUUUUGAAGCAGUCAAAGGAAAGCUACGAUCAAAAGCAAUAUUCUGUCCAACUGAGAUUGAAUGGGAAAAAGCUUGUACAAAUUAUCAAGACAACCCAUCAUUAACAGUCACAACUUGGAAAUGUCAACCUCCAGUUUUUGUCUAGCUUUCAAAAUAAACUUAUGAUUUCUUAAAAAAAA